AGCUGCAGAGAGCAGACUCUGCACGGGCUUGGAGCUGGAGUGGCAGUGCCUGACUCCGCCCUGCCCACAGCGCCAGCGGGCCUUGGACAGAAAGAUUUACAGACUGAUGACUGACUGAAGGCAACAGAAAUUGGGUAGGAAUAAUCACUGGCAGCAUGGAGGAGGGUCUGUGCUUGAGCGAAGCCUGACGCCAUCUCCAGUUUGGAGCAGGUGCUGUGGGCACUCUCCAGGAAGAGCGUUUGCAGACAGCUGUCCUGGGCUCAGCUGCCCAGCUCUGCGCACUUGCCCACCCUGAGCAGGUCCAGUCUUUUUUUCUGGCUCCUGGUAUUUCUCCUCUCUUCCUGCUCCAGACACCUUGGAGAAUACCUUAUCAGCUCAGAGCUCCUGGAUACUGAAUAGAUUGCCUGUCUGUCUACGGCCUCAACUUGCCCUCUCCCUUCUUUGAAAGGCUCCUGAGAGAGUAGCUUAGGGACCUAAAGGUCCACUAAAGGCACUGGGAUGGAAGCCCCAACUACAGAAUUGCCUGAAGGGGAUUUCCAGAGCCCUGGCACCAUGGGCUACGGGGAUGAGCUGACUCCAGAAGCUCUGAGUGUACCUAGUGGUUUUGAUGACUUGAUCACCUCCACCACCUCUCAGGUGCUUCAGGCCGCGUCCAAUGCCAUGGGGCAUACUGGCCGAAAUGGCGAACUGUCCAAGUUGCCAGACCACAUGCCAAACACAGGUGACCUGGCCGACACGUCAGGUCCCCUGGAUUUGGAAAUUGUGUCCCAGGAUGAGCAGGUGCAAUUCUGGUUAGUGGUAGGGUAUACCAUAGUGGUCUUUGCUGCCAUCAUAGGCAACUGGGUCUUAAACCAUAUAAUUAUGAAGUACAAGAGGGUACAUACAGCCACCGGCCUCUUCGUUGUCAACAUUUCUGUGACCAACAUGAUGCUCGCUCUUCUCAGCUCUCCCUUCACUAUGGUGCGCUAUCUGUGUAAUUCCCUGGUGUUUGGAAAGAUGACAUGUCACCUCAGUCGCUUUGCCCAGUACUCAUGUGCCUAUGUAACUGUGAUGAGCAUGGCAGCUAUUUCCCUGGAUCGACAUCGGGUGAUGCUUUAUCCCUUGAAGUCCCGGAUUAGUCCCAUGCAAGGCAAUGUUUGCAUCAUUAUCAUCUGGAUUGUGAGCACCUGUGCUGCUUUGCCACAUGCCGUUUACCAGAAGCUUUACCAGGUGGAAAUUGGAAACACCACUGAGGAAAGUGCCUGCCUUCCCAGUUUCCCAUACACUUCAAAAUCCACAUGGAAAUACCUUGACCUAGGCACCUUUCUGCUCUUCUUCAUCUUGCCUUUGCUGGUGUUGGUGGCUGUCUAUGGUCAUGUGGCCAAAAAGCUGUGGAUCCAUGAUGCUGUUGAUGACAUCAAUAUCCACACUUACAUCUGCCAGCGUGGGAAGAAGAAGCAGACCCUAAAGAUGCUGAUGACAGUGGUGCUUCUGUAUGCAAUCAGCUGGCUCCCCCUCAAUAUCUACCUGGUGCUGCUAUCCAGCGAAUCCAUCUCAAGCCACAAUGGUCUCUACUUUUUCCUCCACUGGCUAGCAAUUAGCAGCUCCUGCUACAACCCCUACAUCUACUGCUGGCUCAGUGAUAGCUUCCGUAUUGAAGUGCAGAAGGUCAUCAUGGAAAUCCAGAAGAUGCUGCUAGAUAAAAUCAGCCGCCUUAGGGGAGAGCAUCGCCGACUAAGCUCUGUGUCUCAAACCCACCCCCCUGCCUGCGUGGAUCCCAAUCCAGGAGUGCCCAAAUUCCCACGAUUCAAAGAUUUUGAUGAGCUGCCAAGUCCCCCUCCCUCCCCAGUAGUGGAAAUCUCCUUUCUCCAUUCAGUGCCUAGAGUUUAAGCUGCCCAGACCGCGAUUGACUAUCAGUUCUCACAAUAUCGGAGCUUAUGGACAAUUUCAACUCAGCAGAAGAGAGGAGGAGGAGGAAGUGAUACCUCAUCCUGUCACUGCCAUUCUUCUGGAGACAAUGUUCUCAAGGUUCUUUGAACAGCAUCCAUGGUUGCGUGUGUCAAGAUGAUACCAGGAUGAGAAUUGGACUGGUGGUCCUCCUCAUUUACCUCUCUUCUUCUUUGCCUCCUCCUCCUUCUCCUCCUCUUCCU